UGCUAGGAUGUAGUCUUGAUAGAUAUAUUUUUUUUCAUCAAGGGCUUAGUCAAAUGGUGUUGGUGGUGGAACUGUCCAAAGAUGGGAAGGUUUUAAGAAUCCAGUAGUAUUGUUGAACGUAGUUAGCCGUUGGUGUUGCAAUGAUGUCUUGGCGUGAUAAGCACCCAAUUGGUUAUUUCAAUAACGGAAACGAGACAACUGAACAUGCUUUAUUAAGUGUCAUUCAUUCGACGAAAACUGUCUUCAGACCUUUGCCUGGUUCAGAAAGUCGGCGUGUGGAUUUGGAAGACAGGAUCAUGCUAGGUGUCGACUGUGACGAAGUUUACCCAAAUAUCCUCAUAGGAGAUGCGGGUGCCGCAAAAAACAAGCAAUAUCUAAGAAAGAUCGGUGUCACUCAUGUUCUGAAUACUGCAGAAGGCAACAGAUUUGGAAUGGUAAAUACAAGCAGAGAUUAUUAUAGAGAUUCAGGCAUAAAGUAUAUGGGACUUCAGCUGCAAGAUUUACCAGUUACAAAUAUUGCUUUAUACUUUGAGGAAGCUGCUGAUUUCAUUGAAGAAGCGAUAAAAAGUGGAGGUAAGGUUUUGGUCCAUUGUCUGAUGGGAAUGUCUCGCUCCAGUACAUGUGUUCUGGCAUAUUUGAUGAUUAAAGAAAGGUUACCAGCUGCAGUAGCAAUAAAAAUGGUGCGUACAAACCGUGAUAUUCGCCCUAACAAUGGAUUUUUGAGGCAGCUUGCUGAUCUGGACAACAGGCUUAAAAGAGAGCGACAGCGUGCUGCUGAAAAAUACAACUUGUGAUAAUUUUCCUGACCACCAAAUAUUUACCAAGAGUACAAUUUCCAGUCCUUACAUAUCAGUACAUAAUGUGUGCUUCCGUGUCAUUAUCAUUCAUGUUCAAAUAGCAAAUUGAAACACACAGCUGAAAACUGUCCAAGUGUUGGGAGAUGACUCACUGUGAAAUUAUGUAACUGAAGUUUUUUAACGGCAACAGCCUCUUUAAUUUUGUAAUCAGCUUAUCAUUACUAAUCUGACUCCGGCAAUGGCAGGAGUAACGACAUGUAAAUUUAGCCAGCAUGUGCCUAAAAGAAAGUGAAAACGUUAAGCACAGUACUAUGCACAUAAAAUCAUUUCUAUACCUGUGAUUAAAACUGUAAAAUUUAUUUACUUGUAAUGUAUUUUAGAUACUUUCCUCACUUAAACAAUGUUAAUGUCUGGAAACUGUUGAUGUACCUUAUAUUUGCCAAAAUAAAUAAUUUUUUACAGUGUUUCAAAUAUA